GCUGCCGUCGCUCCCGACGAUGAAGGAGACUUACGGCCACAUUCGCACUCAGUCAAGUGCCCCGCUUCUCCCGUAUGCGGACACCACUCCGCCAUCGACACCUUUCGUGACCUCCUUCCGCAGCAAGGGGUAUCCAGUACCGAGCAGAAGGAAGUCCGCCUUUGUUCUCUGUGCUUUCGUUUCCGUCAUCUCGCUUGGUGUCCUUGCGUCCUUCGCCAUCCAUAGCUCGCGUUCUUUCCCUGUCUCCCCUCUGUCUUCGUCUGCGCAGGAUGUGCUGGACUCGCCAUUCAACAUGCCCCCGCCAGAGACGCACGAAGACGAUGUUGCGACACUUCCUGACGAGUACCCGCCCUGGGUCUUGGGUCCGCCCACGCAGAGUUUCCGAGAUAACCUCAGAAACGAUACCAAGUACAUCACCUCCUGGCUAUCUGCCGGCUGGAAUAACGAUGUCAUGACCUACAUGAAUCUCAUAUACCUUGGCGUGGUUACUGAUCGUGUGCCUAUUGUCGCAAUGUUCACGCCCUCUCAUAUCGGCGGUGACGCUCCCGUGAUCACCUUUGGCGAGGUGUUCGACGUCCCAAGAUUCAGAGAGGAGUCCGGAGUUCCGCUACUCGAAUGGCUUGAAGUCAAGGAUCCUGAGAGCGAGGAGGUCGACGAGCUCGGCUGCUGGAACAUUUGGGAGGCUGUGCAGUACUACGAGCACUUCCCAAGGGGCAGCUCAAUCCCAGACUGGCUAAGGCUAGACAUCUCAUAUACAAGGGCACCAGACUGGGUGAAGCAGAUACCCAAUUACGAACAUGAUAAAUGCAGCACCUUCUGGUCUCUCGCUCGACUUGCCUACCCCGAGGAUAGGGAGAAAAACCUGGGCAACGUCCUUCCAUCGCCUCACCAUGGUGUCAGCCUUGACCCCGACGAGCAUUUACUAUGCUACGAUUACCUAUACUAUGCCUGCGCGGCCCAGAUGUCCGAGUAUGACUACUCAUAUGCUCCACAGUGGAAACACGUAGGACAGUACAUGCAUUGGACCAAGGAGAUCGAGACCAUCGCCGGCCAAUAUGUCAACCAUGUCUUUGGGCUACCCGAAGACGGACCAGUGCCUCCGUAUAUCACGAUCCAUGUUCGUCAUGGCGAUUUUAAGAACUGGUGUUGGGAAGCCGAAACCAUCGAAGAUUGCUUCGCACCCCUGCCUGUCAUCGCGAGACGUGUACGCGAGGUGCAGGACGAAAUAUUGGAGCGGAAGGGAAUCUACAUACCCAUGACGAGAGUGGUCAUGACUUCUGACGAGACGGACGAGGCUUGGUGGGACGAGGUCGCCGCACUCGGAUGGGCGCGCAUGAAUCAUGAUGAGCAACAUACCGAGGAACAGUACGGCCGAUGGCACCCGGUCAUCCUUGAUGCCGCUAUCCAGUCAGGAGGUCUGGGUUUCGUGGGUACGGACCGCUCCACGUUCUCUGUCCUAUCUCGCCGGCGCGUGCUCGAUUGGCAUGACGGCGCAGUGCGCAUGGUGCUCUGGGGACGGAAAGGUGCUGACGAUCAUUAACAAAUUAUGAAGCCAACCCUUGGGCUUGACUCUUGAGCAUCGACCACAUAUGGUCGAUCCCAUGGACUUCUGACCGGGUCCCUCGCCGUAAACACCGAGAGACCCAUGGACUGUACUGUGGAUUCGUGGGAUUUUAAUUUGCUGAACCUUGGUAUAUAGUCAUCAUGCAAUAGUUGAUAACCAUGACACUGUAUACGUAGUAUUUGUUCACUCGGACAUCACACACUGAACCAGUAUGUCUACUUAUGUAUCGUAUUUACAGUAAUACAGCUCCUGCGCGU